ACUGUUUGUGCCCCUCUCCCGAGCUGGGAUGUGUCCUGGAUACUGAUGCUGUUGUUCGCAGCAGGCCAAGGGGUCACCAUCAUAGCCCUCAGCAUAGUGAUCUGGAGGCAUCAGAGGGCCCAGGGGACUCAGGACAGAGAACCCUCGAUUCCCCAUUUCAAGCCUGAAGUUCAGGUCUAUGAGAACAUCCACUUGGCCCGCCUUAGCCCACCCACCCACAAGACCAGGUGAUCUCGGAGAAACUUGCCUCUGGAAGCCUGACCAACAGUCCCCUGUCUCUGGCACCUGGUCCCUGAAGAAUUCCCUGGAAACCUUGGUGAAGGGGUGUGACUGAGGGUGCGACUCCUACUAGGCUUCCAACAGCCACCAGGCUGGAGGGGCCAGGUCAACAUAAGGAAGGGAGUAACAUCAUUCUGUGACGUCACCUACAAAAAAGGACAGCGCAUGCGGUGCUAUGACUGCGGUGGAGGCCCCAGCAACUCCUGCAAGCAGACAGUGAUCACCUGUGGUGAAGGUGAGCGCUGUGGAUUCCUGGACCGCAAACCUCAACCCAGCUCAGAACAAGCCAAGCAACCCUCUGCGACCUUGAGCCAUCACUACCCAGCCUGCGUGGCCACGCAUCAUUGCAACCAAGUGGCCAUAGAGUCAGUGGGAGACGUGACUUUUACAACCCAGAAAAACUGCUGCUUCGGAGACCUGUGCAACGGCGCCGUGGCAAGCUCCUCGACCCCAUUGUGCAUCUUGGCUGCAGUUACCACCCUGGCCUGGCUCUUGUCAGGACAGUAGAGCGGGAGAGUGGGACUGAGGGUAGGGAAGGGACUGAGGGACCAAGGGAGUGAGGGAGCUGGACAUCCAAGGUAAGAAGAUAAGCGCUCCGUUGGGUGCCGUUAAAAAUGUCAGACUAGUCUAGAGAUGACUGUAAAAUUAUUUUUUUCAUUCUUUGAGGUGAGGUGCUGGGAUUAAAGGUGUGAACCACCACCACC